UCGCUGCAGCAACCCCCCUCCAACUUCCUCUCCUCUUCCUCUGCUCCCUGGCCAGCAGAUGCGCAGGCAUCGAUCUCUCUCAUUGGCAGGGACAGGAGGACGGAGAAGCGGAGCGAGAGCUCUCAGCCACCCACCGAUCGUCGAAUCCGGUGCUCUAACCUCAUACCUCCCAUCUUUAUAAGCCGAUCGAUUGCCCAGCUCCCACCGCCUCACCAUCCCUCUACGUCGAGCUCGACCUCGCUGGGCAGGUAGCUCCGAUUGGAGUGCCAAUCGGAGCCAAGAAGAGAGAAGCACAUGCUGCCGUUCGUCCUAGAGUUCCUCAUUGAUGUCGCCCGUGAUCAGUGAGAUCCUCCUCUCGGGGUUUAUGAUCAACUCCACACUCCGGCGACGCACACACCUCGUCCAGUCGUUCUCCGUCGUCUUCCUCUACUGGUUCUAUGUCUUCUCAUAAACUCCUCUCCCCCGUCACGACCCUCCUCUCCCCUUCUUCUUCUUCUCUCUAGUAGCCUCGUUUCUCUCUGUCUGGUCAGUCUCCUACUCAUCGUGCUCCUCCUCGUCUUCUCUCUUUUCAUUUGGCUAGUGUUCGAAAGCUUUAAUUUGCAUGCACUCCGUAUUGUUGCUGCUACUCUGCUUUAGUAAUCUUUAGUACUCGUGUUUACGAAGAAGAAGAAAGAAAUCGAGGCCAAAAAAAGAGCUUGGAUUUCUUUGCUAGUGUGGUGUGGUGUGGUGUUGUGUAAUAAGGAAGAAGAAAUCAAGAAGCUGGGAGCUGUUCUGUUCUUGCAAGAAAGGACGGUUCUUGGAAGGAAGCAAGCAGGAAGAAUGGCUUCUUCGAGCGGGAGCGGCAGCUCGGGGUCGCUCUCGGCGGCGACGGCGGCCGCCGCCGCUAUGGCGGGGACGGAGGAGGAGCUGCGUGCGCUCAUGGAGCAGCGUCGCACCAAGCGGAUGCUCUCCAACCGCGAGUCUGCGCGGCGGUCGCGGAUGCGCAAGCAGCGCCACCUCGACGACCUCACCGCGCAGGCCGCGCAGCUCCGCCGCGAGAACGCGCACGUCGCCACCGCGCUCGGCCUCACCACGCAGGGCCUCCUCGCCGUCGACUCCGAGAACGCCGUCCUACGCAUCCAAGCCGCCGAGCUCGACGCGCACCUCCACUACCUCAACGACAUCCUCGCCUGCAUGAACACCAACGCCGCCGCCGCCGCCUCCGACCCAUUCAUCGCCUUCGACGGCAACGCUGCUUUCGACGACCUCCUGAGAUCCUGCCCCGAGAUGUUCCCGCUCUGCUAGCUGAAGCCACCAUGGUGCAACACAAAGCAUCAUGAAAAAAAAAAUCAUCUUUUUUUGCACUUGGUGUUUCAGGUUAAUUUACUAGUGAGAGGGAACUGAAAUCAGAUCAGAGGUGGUGAGCCAUGAAAAUUACUGUACUACUGUACUGUACUAGGGGUAAGCAAAACUAAGCACUGCACCUAACUGAGCUAGCUGCUGGGAUUAAGGUUAAUGAACUAUUGAUUACCAUGUGUGCCUCUGAGGUCUGCUCUGGUAAUUGCCAUGUACUGUGCUACUCCACUAUGUAAGAGUCAGAGCAGUUACCCUACUAUUUCUCUGUCAAACAAAGGAAGUGCAAUAUAUAAUUUACAAUUUACUC